ACAACAACAAAUCUCUGGUACACUGUAUUCUAAAUCAAAAUAAACAAUAAUUUGGAGAGAACCGAAGCCGACACAUUCAGUUCAAAGUCACCCGUGUAUUGAAAAGGUACAACGGUUUGAUUGUAUCUAUCUCUUAGAAAAUUUGUUACCUUUAAAAUGUUAAUAUUAACUUUAUUACUCCACGAACUCACUGUACGUAAACGUUAAAUAUAAAAGACAAAGUGACAAUAGAGAAAAUAGUCAUGGCUAAGGGAAAAAGUUACAAGAGAUCAAAACGGAAACAAAGAUCGGAAUCGUCUGAAAGACUUUUGGAGCAACGUUCUCCGGAGUCGGUACUUUGCGAGUCGCAACAGUUAGAGUUGUCAUGCUACGAUAAUACUAGCCCGGAGAUUGUACCCAGACUUAGGCGAAGGAAACUGGAUCUGAAUUAUUCGGAGAAAGAUGAUGUAGAAAGCGACAGUGAAAUUCAAAAGGAAGCAGCAUUAAUCGAAGUGAAGCAGGUAGAAAAAGAGCUAAGGCAAGAGAUCGAUGCACCUGUAGAGAAGUGCUUUUUAUUAGAUAAAACAGUGUCAAUUGACACUGACACUGAUUUUCGCUCUGACAAGUCAGCACAUAACUUAAUGUGUAGAUAUGUAUCAGAACCAGUACAGUUUUCUAAUUUCAAUUCUGAUGUGGAGUCGCAAAAUCACGAGUUUAACUGUUUUGUAAGUGAAUUUCAAUCAGCUAUGUCUGCGUGCGAACCUGUUAGUCAGUUUGCAGAUGAGGAUAAGACUAAUGAGUAUUGUAAGAAAUGCAAUGGAGAAGAGGAUCAAGGUGUCAGAUUUGAAAUAGUCAAUGAGAAGACCUUGCAAGACGCGGAUAAUAAUUCUGUUACUGCUAACUGGAAUGAUUGCAGGGGAGUUAUUUCAUAUUUACAACAAUUAAAUGAUUUAAAAAUACAAGCGAGGGAAUGCAUUACAAGUUCACAAGAGCACACUAAUAAACGUCCUUUCCUGGACGAAACUGACAAAGUGGACGAUCUACAGGAAUACAUAGAGAUAGGAAACAAUGGGAUGAAAAUAAGAGUUUGUUCCACCACGCCUUGCUGUAGCUCUCAACCUCCUGCUAAAAGAUGUAAAACUACAUUACAAUUUGACGAUGAAGAGGACAUUGAACAAUUUCGAAAACCAGCUGUUUCUACCCCAGUUAAUGAUCUCAUGUCAGGAGAGAAAAAAAAUGUUAAAAAUUCAUAUUCUUCUAAUUCACCAAGUACAAAGACAAGUUGGGAUACCCGCACACCCGAAUUACCAAUUGUUUCUACUCUGGAUUUACCAACUGUCUUAGAUUCUGAUGACUGUAGUAGGAGCCUGCAAGAACUCAAACAAAGGACAGAAUUCUGUAAAAAAUGUACAUGCUCCAGUUUUCAACAAGAUAACGAAUCACAACAAUCUCGAAAUUUUAAAGAGCCAAUACUUAAAGCUGUCUUCUUAUGUGUCUGGUUGUUGAAGAGACUGGGACGUGUGUUUAAAAAAAAAUAUGGAUGGUUGAAGAAGAACGUUUCGGUAUCUUCUUCAAAAAAACAUGUACUUAAACUUGAAGAACUGAAUCAGAGUAUGAUAAUGUUGCGUUCAGAGAACAUGCAAAUGAUUAAUACCUUCUUGGAAAAAGUGAAUCAACUAACUAUGGAGAUUUCUCAGGUGCGCGCCAGUAAUGCCACUGCCUUGGAUGCUUUAACUGCAGAGGUCGGUAUUUUGCAGGAUGUCAGCAGGAAGCUGGCUGAAAAUAACGAAACACUGAUGCAGGAAUUAAAGAAGUUGCACAAGACAUUAGAGGAUACGCGAACUAGGUCUCCCAAACCUCCAGCUCCUCUGUUGAUGCCGCCGAUUUCGAAGUCUUCUUUGCCAGCAUGUGCUCCUCCACUUCCUCCGCCUCCACCUCCGCCGCCACCUCCGCCGCCACCUCCUCCACCGCCGCCACCUUUAUCGUUCUUGUCCCCGGCGCAACCGAUCACACCUACCACCCCGAAGAACGGUAGAAGCGCCAGGGCGCAGUCGAGAAAAUGCUCGACGCCUCUAUUUAAUAGGCCAGCAAUAACUGUCGAGGAUUUGUUGAAGGUGACCCUAAAAAAAGCACCAGAGAACGUUAAGGACAACAGAAGGAAUACUAUACCAGGACCAAGGGGACCAGUGGUUUCUUUGGACAUGCUGCGUAGCGUAAAACUAAAGUCUGCCAGGCGCAGAACGACUGACCAAAUAAUGAGAUCUCCGAGAAGUGCUCGCAUGAUCAAAUCGAGAACUGGAUCAAGUCUCAGUUUGUCUCCAAUCACAAGAGGAGGGGAUAACACGUUGGAACGAAUCCUGAAACAGGUGGAUGUUAGUAGGCGUAGACCAAGGCGUUUGUUAUCGAGCGCGUCGAACUUUCGCGACAUCGCUAUCGCUAGAGAUAAACACCUGCAGAAUUCCGAUGCAAAAAAUGUCAACUCGCAAUCCAUGAUUGCGUAGCCGCGUUGUAAAAAUUUGUUAAUUAAUUGACAAGACUAUAAAUAGUGCAACGUUAGCGAAUAAGGAUACAUUUUAUAUAGUUGAUUGACAUUACUCGAUAUGUACAGACUGGAUCACCUAACACAUCGAUAUACUGUUCAAAAUAAUCAGAGGAUUUAGGCAAUUAAGUAGAAUUAAAUAUGUAUCAGGUUUGAAUAAAAGCACGAAGCAGAUGAAUUUUCAAUUAUUUUGAGCAGUGUGUUAAUGUUACAGAAAGUUUCGUUAACCUUUUAUGUUAAGAGAAGCAAUACAUGUGGCAAUUGCAACGAACAUAUUCCAUGGAAUUAUAAUUUGAUGUAGAGCAACAAGAUAAUUGUAUUUUACAGACUUACAGUGCGUAGGUCGUAAUAAUGCAUAUAUUUAAUUGUUGUUAACACUGUCUCUUUCUAAUAUACAUUCAAUUAUAAUUCUAUAGAACAUAUUAGAUACCGUUUUAUUGUAUGGAUUUUGUAGCAUCGGUAGUGUUCAAAAUAAUGUACAAUCUAAUGUUGGGUGACUCACUCUGUACACAAUACUGCGAUACAAAGAAAACGCCUUGAACGCUUAAUUUUAAUUUCCUCAACUAAUGAACCGAUAUUUAAUAAAGUAAUUAACAUUAAUAAAUAUCUGAAUAGAGA